AUGUGGCUCAUCAAUACCAGAACCUACGAACUAGAGAACUUCAUUAAUCCGCCAUGGACCUACUCCAUUCUAUCUCACACAUGGGAAGGAGACGAAGUCCUUUUUCAAGACAUGGACAGCCUCCCUCACGCACGAAGCAAGGCCGGCUGGAAAAAGAUACAAAUGACCUGCGAGGCAUCCAGGCAAGCCAACAUCUCUCACACCUGGAUUGAUACGUGCUGCAUUGAUAAAAGAAGCAGCGCUGAGCUUAGCGAGGCUAUCAACUCCAUGUUUGCGUGGUAUCAGCAGUCUUCAGUAUGCUACGUUUACCUCUCCGACCUGGUGUUCCCUUGCACGCCGGUUGACACUAUCAUGCCCGACUCGGAUGAAGGCAGGCAAUGGGCCGAUGCAGCUUUUUCUAGACUCCAGGAUGAAAUGAAGGCCUGUCGAUGGUUUACGAGAGGCUGGACUCUUCAAGAGCUGAUUGCACCUAGUCAAGUUGUAUUUCUGGACCAAAACUGGAAUCUCAUCGGAUCAAGGGCUCCAGGAUCAGACCCGCGAUUCAUCAAGAUCCUGGAAAGGUUAACAGGCAUCCCGAUUUCAGUACUGGAACACAAGAGACAUAUCGCUACCAUCCCGGUUGCACAAAGAAUGUCCUGGGCAGCGCGCAGGGAAACGACCCGGGUUGAAGAUAUUGCCUAUUGUCUUCUAGGGAUUUUCGAUGUCAAUAUGCCUCUGCUCUACGGAGAAGGUUCAAAGUCUUUCUUUCGGCUCCAGGAAGAAAUUGUAAAGAACUAUGAUGAUCUCAGCCUUUUCGCUUGGAAACAAGACUCCUCUUCGUAUGGUAUAGGUGUCCUUCGAGGAUGCUUUGCCAAUUCCCCGGCCGAGUUCGCUUCCUGGCUGAACAUUAAAAUAAGGCUUAAGGGUUUCGAAUCUGGUAUGGAAGUCACCAGCAAAAAUGUUAAUAUGGACGGCCGAAUCCUCAGACAGCAAGAUCACCCACCAGGCAUUGAGCAAGGUGUGCAUUGUAUACUCGAUCUGGGUGUAAGGGACCCUGAUGAUAAAAUCAAUUCUCUGGGAAUCCGUUUGAUGAGGUCUGGCCGGAGUAAUACUUACUUUCGAUUCAAGCCCUCUGAACUAAUUACGUUGCGGCCGAGAAGAACCUCAGUUUACGAUGUUGACCUCGAUAAUGAUUACUCCUCUGCCUAUCUUGAUUGGAAGAAUGAAGAGGCGCUGGAAAGCUUGGAGCAAAAAGCUAUCUCCAUCAGAAAAUCUAUUUCUAUCAAGGAAACCUUCUUAAUGGGUCAUUUCCAAAAGCCUGUAUUCAAGAUCCAUUGGCAUGAAGACGUAUUGAAGGUUCUCAAAUCGGUCAAUGGCCGGAGCACUCGGGAAUUUAUACCUUCAUUUGAAUGUCAUCCAAGUUCUGCCUUCCACGAAGACGGGACACUUACUUGGGUCACUGAUUUUGAGCUACAAAUAAACCCUCAGCACGUCGUUUCACUUGUUCUUGUGACCGGACUACAAUGGUCAACACAUGAUCGUUCCGAUAGAGUAUACUAUGGAAAUGCAAGCUUGAACAGUCAAGAAUUCUGGGCAGUUAUACUUGGCGAAGGACGAGCUUACGUUAUAAACGAAAGAGGGAAAUUUUUUGACCAGCCUGCGGCAGUUGAGAUACGACGUGAAUUGGAUGAGGACAAUUCGACGAUAGUGAGGCAGCUCAAGCAGAUGGAUCACCGAGAAAGAGGGAAAUUUUCAGAUUGCGACUAUGAACUGAUCGAACCAUACACCGCUCUAUCCUACGUCUGGGGCGAUGCAAGCCAGAGGGGCGUGAUACACCUAGGUGAUAGCGCCAAGGAAAUCACUGCCAGCCUGGACGCUGCUCUCCGAGACUUGCGCGACAAGAGCCGAGUUUGUCGGAUAUGGGCUGAUGCAUUGUGCAUCGAUCAAUCAAAUAAUUCCGAAAAGGGAGUGCAGGUUGCGCUAAUGGGUAGGAUUUAUUCUACUGCGCAUCAUACUGUAAUUCAUCUCGGCAAGUCGCCCCCAGGAUUGAAGAAAUUGUUCAUGGAUCUGAGGGCUCAAAGUCAGGCCACGAUUCAUGGUAAUACUUCAGGUCUUGGGCAGCUUUCAUUGACAGCCGAUGAGAUCGACGAAAUGCGACGCAACCUAGUAUUGAAGCCAUGGUUCCGCAGAGUCUGGGUUUUCCAGGAGCUCGUGCUCUCCACGGAUGUCUGGGUUCAGUGCGAUGACCUGCGAAUCCGGUGGCAUCAUUUCUGCGAGGCUGUCGACACCAAGAGUGUCGUCGCGGCUAUGCUACUUGACACACUCUCUGAUAGUAUCACUCAACAGAGCCAGCCUCGAGACGCCACUGCGUUGGAAAACAUGAACAGCAGACGAUACGAUGGUUUCAAGGCACCAUUAUCUACGCUUCUUUCCUGUCGGAGAGGAGUUGGAGUCACCGAUCCUCGAGAUAUAGUAUUUGGUCACUUGGGUGUUGUUUCGGAUCGAGAUAGGUGCGAUAGGUUUAUCAAGGUCGACUACGAUAGAGACCUUGCACGCGUGUCGGUUGAUGCUGCUCGGUAUUUCUUGGAUGAUACAGGCAUUGAGAGUCUCCUCUUGCAUGCCAUGAACCCUUCUCCCAUUAACGCUCCCGGAAUCCCGUCUUGGUGUCCUCGUUGGUCUAGGCCACAAGUUCCAUGGGAGACUAUACACAAAGUGGGCAAUAGAUUCGGUAUUGGUGAUGAUAGCUUAUAUCUUUCCUUUGGAGGCACUCAUCACAUGUUGCUAUCCGAACCACCAGUCCUAGCCAUCAGCGAAUUUGAGGUGACCAGGAUAAAGGCGACAAGUCAUACAUUUUCAAGCUGUGAUGAUGAGAUUGGAGCUCAAAGACGAGUCCAAGGCUAUGACCCUCGAGUUGCUUCAAGACAUAAGAGGCAGAGGCUAUUCAGAAAGUUCUUCAAGACCUGGGUUGAUGCGGCCAAUCAUCAAGAGUAUCCUAUGGCUGAACGACGCGAUGUCCAACGUAUCACCAAUGCUCUCACUCAUCACCUCCAGGAUCCCGAGACAAGUCCGUUAUCCGGCAAGCGAUUGUCCAUCAUCUCAAGCCGCCAAUGUGCCCUCGUCGCAAAGGAAUCCCAGGAAGGUGACAUUGUGACUAUGCUUGUUAACUGCUACAAGCACGCAGUACUCCGACCCAAACAAGUGAAUGAUGUUGACCACCUCAGUAACUCUAUUACUAGCGCCUUUGAGCAAGCGAACAUUUCGGAUUGUCCCCAAGGACCAAUGAGGGCACGGUUUAGAGCCGUGGAUGAUGAUGACUAUGAUGAAUGGAUAUCUGGCUAG